AGGAUGAGCAGCGGCUAACGGCUGACUGGGAGUUUUUGGAUUAGCUAACGUCCGCCACUGGUUCAGAUGUGGGCAUUUCCGUUGGUGACCUGUUCCUGAAGCUGCACCUCAGACGGAGGACACCAGGAGCUUUACAGUGACGGUCGGCAGCUGCUCAACAUGUCCAAGAGCAAGAGCUCCGAGUCAGUCAAGGUGGUGGUCCGCUGCCGCCCCAUGAAUGAGAAGGAGCGGGCUGCCAAGUUUGAAAGGGUGGUCUCUGUCGAUGUCAAACUGGGCCAGAUUAUGGUCAGAAACCCAAGGGAGGCUUCAGCCAACGAACUCCCCAAAGUCUUCACCUUUGAUUCGGUCUAUGACUGGAACUCCAAACAAAUAGAUCUCUAUGAUGAAACCUUCAGACCGCUGGUUGAUUCUGUUCUUCUCGGGUUCAAUGGGACUAUUUUUGCCUACGGCCAGACGGGUACAGGGAAGACGUACACUAUGGAGGGAGUGAGGAAUGAUCCAGAGAGGAGAGGGGUGAUCCCCAACUCCUUCGAGCACAUCUUCACACACAUUUCACGCUCACAGAACCAGCAGUACCUGGUGAGAGCAUCAUAUCUAGAGAUUUACCAGGAGGAGAUCAGAGACUUGCUCUCCAAAGAUCAGUCGCGUCGUCUGGAGCUCAGGGAGAGGCCCGACACCGGUGUGUAUGUUAAAGACCUUUCAUCGUUUGUCACCAAGAGCGUUCGGGAGAUCGAGCAUGUCAUGAACGUGGGCAACCAGAAUCGCUCAGUCGGUGCCACCAACAUGAAUGAACACAGCUCACGUUCUCACGCCAUCUUUGUCAUCACGGUGGAGUGCAGCGAGCUGGGUGUGGACGGGGAGAAUCAUAUAAGAGUUGGCAAACUGAACCUGGUAGAUUUAGCCGGCAGUGAAAGGCAAGCCAAGACCGGUGCUCAGGGGGAGAGGCUGAAAGAAGCCACAAAGAUCAAUCUGUCGCUUUCUGCUCUGGGUAACGUCAUAUCAGCUCUGGUGGACGGCAGGAGCAGCCACAUCCCUUACAGAGACUCAAAGCUCACCCGUCUGCUGCAGGACUCCCUGGGGGGAAACGCCCGCACCGUCAUGGUCGCCAACAUCGGCCCGGCGUCCUACAACGUUGAGGAGACCUUGACAACGCUGCGCUACUCCAACAGGGCCAAAAACAUCAAGAAUAAACCACGUAUCAAUGAGGACCCCAAGGACGCUCUGCUCAGGGAGUUUCAGGAGGAGAUCGCGAGGCUGAAGGAGCAGCUGCAGAAGCGUUCGGGAAAGAAGAAGCGGAGGAGGCAGAGGAGGAGGGCCGGAGAAGGGAGCGACAGCGAGGAUCUGGAAGAUGGAGAGACGGAGGACGACGAGGAAGACGGAGAGGACAAAGGCGAUUACUGGCGGGAGCAGCAGGAGAAGCUGGAAAGGGAGAGGAGGGCCAUCAUGGAGGAUCACAGCCUGGUGGCCGAGGAGAAAGCUCGGCUGCUCAAGGAGAAGGCGAAGAAAAUGGAGGACUUGAGGAGAGAGAGGGAGGCUGGAGAGAUGCUUGCAGCUAAAGUUAAGGAGAUGGAGAGUAAACUCCUGGUCGGUGGGAAGAACAUUGUGGAUCACACCAAUGAGCAGCAGAGAAUGCUGGAACUGAAAAGGCAGGAAAUCGCAGAACAGAAACGACGAGAGCGAGAGAUGCAGCAGCAGAUGGAGAGUCGUGACGAAGAGACUCUGGAGCUGAAGGAGACGUACAGUUCUCUGCAGCAGGAGGUCGACAUCAAGACCAAGAAGCUGAAGAAGCUGUUUGCCAAGCUGCAGGCGGUGAAGGCAGAAAUCCAGGACAUCCAGGAGGCUCACAUCAAUGAGCGGCAGGAGCUGGAACAGACCCAGAACGAGCUCACCAGGGACCUCAAACUCAAGCAUCUGAUCAUCGAAAACUUCAUUCCCUUGGAGGAAAAGAACAAAAUAGUCAACAGGGCUUUCUUUGACGAGGAGGACGAGUAUUGGAAAAUGAAGCCGAUCACACGCAUAGAGGACGACCACCAGAUGAUGACCAGGCCUCUGUCCGCGGUCGGCUACAGGAGGCCUCUCAGCCACCGCGCACGCAUGGCCAUGAUGCUGAGGCCUGACAUGAGAUACAAAGCUGAAAACAUCCUGGCGUUGGACAUGGACCUGCCGGCACGGACCACUAAGGAGUACCAGGAGCCAGUUAUCGCCCCAAAGGUGGCGGCAGCUCUGGAGGACGCUCUUAGGGAUGAGGACGAGAUCCAGGUCGAUGCCUCCGGCUUCCACAGCAGCGCUGGAUCUUCACCGUACGCCAGCGCCAGCAGCAGCCUCAAGAAACCAAAGUCUGGUCGACCCAGAACAGGCAAGAAGUCGAGCACCCCGACGUCUCCGUUCAGCCCCUCCAGUCCAGGAUCCCCUCUUUACCCACAAGCCCGCGGCCUGGUGCCCAAGUAACAGGUCCUACCACCGCUAUCACCGCCUCCUCCUCUUGUGCACCUUUCCAUUACGGGACUCGACUUAGAGAGGAUGGGAUCAGUUGUGACUACACACAACUUUUAAGACUAAUGCUGCUUUGUAGGUUUGAACUGUAACCGCACCACUGUUAGCUGUCGCCCCUCCUCACCCCGACGACGACAACACAACAGCAGCAGCCGCGCAUGAAGCCUCACAUCACUGCUCAAAGCUUCCCUCACAUUCGGCUGAAUGUCAGUAAUGUCUUAUAUACACAUCACAGUGAUCUUAACGUAUAGAGAAACGGUGGUGGUGGGUUCGGACUGCAGUAUCCUCAGUGCACUACUUCUUUGUAUCUUCCCACAUGUGCGUUGGGUGUCUUCUGUCUUACUGUAGGUGUGGACAUGUGAUGUGGUGCAGCGGCUAACUGGACGCUAACAGACUGUGUGUGUGUGUGUGUGUGUGUGUGUGUGUGUGUGUGUGAGCGGAUGUGUUGUCGUAUCAGUGUGCGUCACUGCCUCAAUAUAGACUUUUUAUGUCAAAAUGCGCUGUUUUUUUUUUUUCUGUGAUCGGUCUUCUGAUGUCGUGAGAUUGCAGCUUUAAGUUGUGUGUCUGUGUGUGUGUGGCUGUGUGUGUGUGUGUGGCUGUGUGUCGGCUUCUGUCUUAAUGGAAUAGUUCAUCGUUUUGGGAAAUAGACUUGAUUGCUUUGCUGCAGAGAGUUGGCUGUGAGAUGACUUUCAGGUGCAUCUCAAACAGCUCAAAAAGGUUUCUGAAUUUAACUCAAAAACGGUAAAUUGUCAUAUGUUUGCUGCUAGCCUAGCUUAGCAUUAGUCAUGACAGCCUCCGUCGGCCUACAAAUGAAUAAUUAAUAUAAUUAAUUUGCCCAAUUUGUACAUAAAAGAAAAGUACAAAGAUGUUUUGGGUAUUUUGAAAGUUGAAAGAAAGUCGCGUUUUUGUGAUUUAAUUCAAAAAGGUUGAAUUUCACAUGCUCUACAUUUAUAAUUUAAGCCAUAAUUAUCAAAAUUAAAACAAGAAAAGGCUUGAAAUAGUUCACUUUAUGUGUAGCUUUCCCCCCAAUAUUCUAAAUAUUUGUCAUGCAUCUGUAGUGAAUACAAAGCUGGAGGUACAUAGAUGAUCUUAUCUGGCUGCUGCAGCUACAAUAUGCGACUCCCAAAGUACCUGGAACAUGUUUUUACAGACGGAGGCAGGCUAGCCGUUUCCUCCCUGCUCACAGUCCUAAUGCUAAGCUAGGUUAGCUCCAGUUGGAUACGAAUUUGGAGUCACAAAUGUGCAAAUUUCCUCCAAGGCAAAAACUAUUCUUUCCUCUGUGUAUGAUUGUAACCGUAGAGGCCGGAAAGCAGAGCGCGCUGCCAACUCGGCCUCUCGCUGUAAUCAGUAGAUGCUGUUCUUCCUUUCGGGCGCAAGACGAGACGAGAGGUGGGGAACGACGGGAGAGAGCUCAGCACAGAACAAACACCCUCUGCGGACACGUUCUGGAUUAAACAGAGCAGAUUAAACACUA